CUCUCUCUCUCUCUCUCUCUCAUGUGAAUAGAGUCGACAGGGAAGAUGAUAAUCAAGGAGUCUCUGCCAGAGCUUUCUUCGGAGGAGAAGAUUAACGAGAGGAAGAGAAGGAUGAAGCUUUGGAGGGUGAUGGAUCGUCCCGAGCUUUCUUUGGGUCCGCCUCAAUUCUUUGUGAAGAGGAGCGAUGACAGGUCAGUGGAGUCAGAAGCGAAUCUUUGUUGGAAGAGGAAGUGUUCUUGGGAUCGCUUGAAAACUGACUUCAUGGUUGGAACUAGUAUUGAGCUUCAGCUUAAGGAUCCAUUACCUUUAGACUGGGAGCAAUGCCUAGAUCUUGAAUCUGGGAAGGUAUAUUAUUUGAACAGAAAAACAUUGAAAAAGAGCUGGAGCUGGCCCAAAGACGACUUAGAACUUAGCAUCUCAACACCCUCCAGUUCUGUUGGGAGUAGCUGUAGCUCUACAAUGCUUGAAGAUUCGAAGAAGCAUAAUCAUUCAACCAGCAACAUGGUUGCAGUAGCAUGUCUCAAGUGCCAUCUCCUUGUCAUGCUCUCCAAGUCAUGCCCAUUUUGCCCAAAUUGCAAGUACUUGUAUCCAUUGCCGUUGAGCCUGCCUCCAAAGCCCACGUCAACCAAGUCCUUGGAAACACUAAGCCUCCUAAUUUAGUCUGUAAUCAUAAGACUGUCCGUCUAUAAAGCUUCAGUCAGCAGCUGCGGUCGAUUUGGGUACCCCUCGGAGGUUCUUGAAUUCUCACAGCAAAUAUAAUUACAAUGGCAACGAAUUCUGUUAUCUCACGUUUGGAUCAGGUAGGAGGAUUUGUGCAGGGGUCCCUCUCGCGGAAAAGAUAGUUACGCAUGUGUUGGCUUCGCUUCUUCACUCAUUCAUGUGGCGAUUGCCAGAUGGAACAAAGCUCCAUCUAGCAGAGAAAUUUGGGAUCAUUCCUGAUGAAAGAGACAUCACUCGUUGUUGUCCCCACUCCAAGAUUAUCCAAUCCAAACCUCUAUAUAUCAUUAAGGAAUAAUAUUAUUGCACUCUAUCAUUAGAUUAUAUUUAUUUAAAAAAAAAAAAAA